AUGUCCGGCCAAGUUGAAACCAAGGAAGAACAUCCGUCGACGUUCAACCACGUCGAAGAUGGCCCACGGUCCGAUACCGGUCAAGAUGCCGAGGAACGCGCUCUGCUCCGCAAAAUCGAUAUGCGACUGGUCCCUUGCGUCUGGAUCAUGUAUCUGAUGAGCUAUCUCGAUCGAAGUAACAUCGGCAAUGCGUACACAGGAGGCAUGGGUGAUGAGCUUGGGAUGACCAGCACCGACUACUCCAUCUCUCUGCUGGUGUUCUUUAUCAGCUACGUGCUCUUCGAGACACCAUCCAACAUGAUUCUCACCAGGGUCCGGCCCAGCAUCUACAUGCCAACGCUCAUGUUCCUCUGGGGUGGCCUGUCAAUGUGCAUGGCCGCCGCCCACAGCUGGCAAGUGGUCGCAGGGCUGCGCUUCAUCCUCGGCAUCCUCGAGGCCAGCUUCGCACCGGGCGUGCUCUUCCUCCUGUCGGCAUGGUACAAGAAGGGCGAGCUCGGCCGCCGCUACAGCGUGUACUACACCGCCGUUGCGCUCUCCGGCAUGUUCGGCGGCCUCAUCGCCGGCGGCCUGCUGCAGACACUGGACGGUGCCCACGGGAUAAGCGGGUGGCGCUGGCUCUUUAUCGUCGAGGGUGCCGGGACCUGCCUCGUGUCGGUCGGCGCUCUUUUCGCCCUGCCCGACUUCCCCUCGACCACGCGCUGGCUUACGCCUGACGAGCGUGCGCUGGCCAGCAGGCGCCUUGCUGGGGACUCCCUUGGUGACACCCAAGACGGCGAGACGAUUCACCACAAGGUUGCUCUGAAGAUGGCUCUGACAGAUUGGCGGACGUGGGCUUUCGUCUUGACGUACAUGGCCACCACGGGUGCACAGACGAUACAGUAUUUCAUCCCUGAGCUCGUCAAGUCAAUGGGAUAUACAGGUUUUGAAGUACAGUACUACACCGCGCCAAUCUACGUCUGCGCGUUCGUGGCCAUCCUAGCGUUCUGUUUCUCUUCCGACUACUUCAAAGAACGCGCCUUCCAUCUUGCAACAGCCUCGGCGCUCGCCAUUGUCUGUUUCGCGAUCCUCACUGGCGUCUUGAAUAACACAGGGAGAUACGUUCUCUUAUGCUUUGGCGUUGCAGGUGUUUACGCUGCCUGUCCUCUUGUCAGCAUAUACGUCUCCAACUCCAUCCCUCAUCCUUCAGAGAAGCGAGCGAUUGUUCAAGCGACUGUCAAUGCCCUUGGUAACAGCGCGUCGAUCUACGGCUCAUUCCUCUUCCCGAGCAAAGACAAGAACCACAACCGCGUGGGCUUUGGCGUCACGAUGGUUUUCAUGGUUAUCGCUCUGGUCAUGGCUUUUGCUCUGCGGUAUUUGCUUGCUAAACACCCCUACCCUGAGCUUGUCGUUCAUGGACACGGGGCCGCAGCAGGGAAAGAGGAUAAAGACGUGGAAUGA